AUGGAAUCCUUGCCAAGUGCCUCACCGAGAUGUGUCUAUGCGCGUCCUAAAUCGUUUCGCUCCAUCGAUCAAUUACCUUCCAAUAUUGGACGUUCCUCCGCCGUUCACAAUCUGAUCGAAUCCUUAGACCUACUCGACACUGGUUCGGCCAUCGACCCCCUCAGCCGAGCUCGCGUGCUGCCUACUGGACUAGCAGGGCGUGAAGAAUUAGAAUCAUUUCACGAUCCUGAAUAUGUCGGUAAGACAAUGAACUUUCCAAUCGGCGGGCAUCCCUGA